UCUCGUUCUGGUCGACAGUCUGGCCCAAUGGAACACGGAGAGACUACAGCGCAUAUAACACCAAACAAUAUCGCGUCUCCAGUUGUGCAUGGAUGCAGACAGGUGUGAGGGCAGGAACUAGUGGAAUCUAGUGGAGUGUACACACACACACACACACACACACACACACACACACACACACACACACACACACACACACACACACACACACACACACACACACACACACAUACAUACAUACAUACAUACAUACAUACACAAACCAUGGCCACUGCCAGCAGAGUGGGCUCGGGAAGAGCUGGUUGGGUGGCGUUCGCAGAUGAAGCCUUCGGGACAAGCACAGAGCAUCAAGCAGAUGUGGACAGCAGCUUGCAGAGGCCUAGCCCCGCCCCUUCUGAGAACUCUUCCAGUGUCGAGCUGUUAGCCCCUCCCCCUCAGCAGAACGCAUGGGUCUUAUUCGAAGAGAAGACCUGGCCCUCGCCCAAUCCGCAGUCGCAGGUAAAAGGUACUUCUAGACACAGCGUCUGUGCCACGGCCAGUUUCUGGAGCGCCGUCCCGCCCUCAGAGAGCAGCUGGACCCAAUCAGAACCAGGCUCAGUCUGGACCACACAAUCAGGGAAGAGCUCUGUGAGCAUGGGGGCGUCAUCUUGUGAUCUUCCCUCCCUAAACGCAGAGGAACGGCACAAUGAGUCGUCAUCCCGACCCCAGUCACCCAAUUCGUCAGUGUUCCAAGAGGAUGAAGGAAUAGAGAUGGAUUCAGUCAGCUGGACUUCCAACACUAAACUCCCCGGCACCCAAUCAGAGACCCCCAUUUCCUCUGGACGCUUCUCAUCCUGGGUGACCUUUGACGAUGACGAGGAGGACAAGCCCCACCUCCACCGCCGGGAGCAGCCAUCCCACAUACGAUUGGAUGAUCUCAGCCACUUCCAGGAUGCCAACAGUAACCUGAUUGGUUCUCCUCCCAACGUUUGGAAGCAGAACGGGAACCAGCAGAACCAGAACCGCCACCUCCUGGACCUGACGCCGGACGGAAACCCUCCUAGAACCCUUCUGACUGAACCUAAAACCGUUCCUCUGCUCCCCGGUAGGACUAAACCUUACACCAAGAAGAACCCUUUCCUGUGUGAAGAGUUCAAUGACAUCCAGCCCUCUCCCAUCAACCCCUUUAGUUCCUACUUUGACUGUAAACAGGAAGUGGCAUCACAGACGAUCCAGAGUAAUGGCUCCGCCCACCACCUGGAGAGCUCUCCCUCUGCCUUCUCCUUCAGCUCUCCUUUCUUCCAGUCGUUCAGCUCCCACAGCCAAGAGGCCAAACGAGAGUCCAUUCUAGUCUUCUCCUCCGAGUUUGAGCCCACAAGAGGAGGAGGGGAAGAGACAGUCAGCCAUGUCACUCCUCCCUUAGACAGACUAGACCUGGAUCAGCUGAGAAACCUCCAGAUCACAGACCCAGACGAUCCAGGCAGCCCCACUCUGCCUGAUGACUCAGUGGAGGAUGCGGAGGAGGCGAAGGAAGAUGGGUUGGAGGGAGAGGAUGAGAGCGCCCCCUACCUCCCAGAUCAUAUGACCCCCCAAGAUGGCUGGGCCAUGCUGCUCCGUAUACCAGAGAAGAAGAACAUCAUGUCGUCACGCCACUGGGGGCCUAUCUAUGUCCGUCUGUCUGACGACAGCGUGCUCCAGAUGUUCUACGAGAAAGGUCUGGAAAAACCCUUCAGGACCCUGAAACUGGACCCUCGCUACGAGGCGGCUGAACACCGCCUGCAGAACUACGAAGAAGCCGGCCGCGUCCACACGCUAAGUGUGGACCUCGUCCAAUACCGCGAGAGGAGGCGAAUCCAGGCGAAGUCACCCGUCACCCACCAGCCAAUCCGCGAGCAGCUGGUGAAGCUGGGCACCACCUGUUACCACGACUUCCUGAGUUUUCGUCAUGCGCUGGUGGAGGUGCUGAGGCGGUUGCCGGCAGUGACAGGUGGAGCGUUGACGGGGUCGCCCAUAGGGGCGGGGCUGACAGAGGAGGAGGUUCAGGUGGAGGUGAGGGACGAGUUCUACGGGACGGUCGCUGCGGGAGAUGGGAGGAUUCUGAAGCAGCUUGUGAUGACUCGUGUGCACGUGCUGGCCUUCCUCUCUGGGUCGGCAGGCUGCCGCCUCGGACUCAAUGAUGUGCAGGUCAAAGGUAAGGAGGUGGUCUCCAGACACGACAUCAUCCCCAACACUACCACACGCUGGAUCCGCUUACGUGACUGCGAGCUUCAUGACGAACACGCAGACGAACUAGAGUUCCUGUCGUCACGCCAAGUUGUCUUCACACCGCCACCCUGCCGCCGCUUUCAGCUGCUCGCCUUCCGCACGGCAUUCGCUGAAAAAACCCUCCCCUUCACGCUGCGCACUGUUGCCUCUGUCCGCGGCGCCGAGGUCACCCUGCAGUCCUGGCUGCUGAUGUCACAGGGGUUCUCGUCCAAUCGGGACACGUUGAACCUCAUCCCCUGCGAGAAUGUGGCGAUCCGCUACCCCAUCCCUGAGAUUUGGGCCAAGAACUUCCGUCGGGACGGGGUGAUGGGGGAGAGGUCACUGAAGGCGAGGUUCAACAAGGGUGCCAGCUUCGGCACGGCGAGUACUUCCGGGUCAGAGCCAGUGAUGAGGGUGACCCUUGGCACGGCCAAGUAUGAACAGGCUUUUAAAGCUGUGGUGUGGAGGCUCAGCCGCCUGCCUGACAAAAACUCUGCGUUGGGUCACCCCCACACCUUCUUCUGUCGUCUGGAGCUGGGUUCGGACCGGGAGGUGCCAGCCUCGCUGCAGAGCCACCUGGAGGUAGAGUUUGACAUGCCUGCCGCCUCUGCCUCCAAAGCCACCGUCCGCUCCCUCUCUGUAGAGGACAGGGCAGACGCCAAGAAGUGGAUCAACUACAAAUCACACUACUCCUACCAGGUGCCUAUAGAACAGAAGACAGGCGGCCUCUCAGAGAGCAGCAGCCCUACACUGGACCAGGACCAGCCUGGAGAAUGUGCACAGCAGUGAACACACACAGACAGACAGACGGAUGUAGGGAGGGCGGGAGGAUAUGAUGACUGUUUUUUUCACAGGAGAAGGGAGAAAAGUCACUUUUUGCACUUUGAAGAACUAUACCGGAGGACUAGUUGGCCGAUGUUUGUGCAUAGAUUGGAUGUGGACUGAAUGUACACUGGACGUAACUGAUUCUCGGUAGGUCAUCAACUUGACAUGGGUGCUAGACUAGAUCUACACUAGACCAACUGGUUAUAGACGAGAUGUAGACUGGUAUGACGAGAUGUACUACCACCGGACAGUUUAUUAGGUACACCACCCCGUUCACGAAAAUGGAUCGCUCCUACAGACAGUGAGUCAGGUGGCCAAAGCAGGCAGGCAGGCAUCGAGGCACUCAGUUACUGUUCAGUUGAAUGUUAUAAUGGGCAAAACAAGUGACCUAAGCAACUAUGAGUGUGUUAUGAUCGACGGUGCCAGGCGCGCCGGUUCCAGUAUCUCAGAAACGUCCAGCCUCCUGGGCUUUUCACGCACAACAGUAUCUAGGGUGAAUGGUGCGACAAACAAAAACCAUCCAGUCAGCGGCAGUUCUGUGGGUGAAAACAGCUCGUUGAUCAGAGAGUUUGAAGGAAUCAGCGAGAAUCGUGCGAUUCAGGCGGGCCACAGUCAGGCAAAUAACGGCGCAGUACAACAGCGGUGAGCAGAACGGCAUCUCGGAACGCACAACUCGUCGGUCCUUGUCAUGGAUGGGCUAUCGCAGCAGACAACCACACCGGGUUUCAUUCCUAUCAGCUAAAAACAAGAAGAAGCGGCUCCAGUGGGCACGCGAUCACCAACACUAGACAAUUGAGAAGUGGAAAAACAUUGCCUGGAACAUGACAGUGAGUUCAGUUUACUUAAGUGUCCUGGUCAGUCCCCAGACCUGGUCAGUCCCCAGACCUGGUCAGGCCCCAGACCUCAACCCAAUAGAGUAUCUUUAGGAUGAGAUGGAACGGGCUGUUCACAGCAUGACUAUACCGCCAUCCAAUCUGCAGCAACUGCGUGAUGCCGUCAUGUCCACAUGGGCCAGCAUCCCUGUUUAAUGUUUCCGACACCUUGUGGAAUGCCCCAAAUAAUUCAGGCUGUUCUGGAGGCAAAGGGGGGGUCCGACACCGGUACUAGAUGUGUGUACCUAAUAAACUGGUCGGUGAGUGUAGACUGGACUUUGUUGUAGACUGGACUGGACUAAGCUGGUUGUAGAAUGGAUAUGACUAGAUGUAAACUGGAUAUAGACUCUACUUAAUCUAGUCGUAGACUGGAUAUGACUAGAUGUAAACUGGAUAUAGACUGGACUGGUUGUAGACUAGGGAAACUCAGCAGGAGGCUAAUUAAGGAUCUUGCUUUGUUCAUUUGUUUGUUUUCUUAAAAAUGCUGAUUUGGCCAGACUAGUCUUACUGAGGGAGAGCUAUUAGUUUUAUAUGAUGAUUCAUUUUUUGUGAGUGGAUCGGCUUGGCCUUGUGGUCUUACCCCACUGGGGUACAGCAAGGGCAACGUUACAGAUCGUUCAGAUAGUGUAGAACAGAUGAUUGUCUGUGAGAGUCAAAUAUUGCGGUAUGAUGGGGAUUAGUUUGACAUUGUAAAGCCUGGCAUUUCAGUAAACCAGGACUUUGAGAUGUGAAAUAAGUGCCCUUAUUUCAGGAGUACAGUCAUUACAGUCUUAGUGGAUUUCAUGCACUCCGAGGCUAAUCGAAGCACUAGCUAAUGUGCUUCUACAGUACGUGUUUGCUUCAGUGUUCAUUGGCCUUCCACACAAUUCUCAAUCAAUAGAUUUAAGAGCCUUACAUUAGUUUACAUAGUAGAAACAAAAUGGCUCUUCAAUAUGCCACCUAGAUUUAAAAAAAAAAUCAUUUCACGCAGUGUAGACCUUGAAACUUACUAGUUCUACGUAUUUUCAACAGUUUAUUUUUUACUUCCAGUGUCAGUGUUGGUUCACUAUUCAGUAUUCGACUGAAUGCUCUUGUGUUCAGUCAGGUGUUAGGUAAGCAUAAAUGCUUUUUGCUUUUCUCUCUCGCAAAGUUGAAUGUUCUUCCGAAAGGUCUUCUAGGUACUUUGGUCCUGUCAUUUCACAUAGUAGUCUUAACCAGUCUAUACGUGAGUUAACAACAGUCAAUACUGCUAUUGGUGAUGAUGAUGAUGCAGAGUUCUAAUACGCUAACGAUACUGUAGUUUGGCUAUUUUGGCUGUACUUGGUCAUAUAAUGAAAACUGCAGCAUUUUUUAAAAUAUUUUUUUUUGUUUUUAUAAAUGUGCUUUACAUGUACAAUGUGCAUCCGUACUACUAACAUUGACUCAACGUGGACAAGAUACUGUAUGUACAAAAUAUAAAUAUAUUCUGCAAUGGACAUCAUCUCCAGGUCUAAACUGAUGUAGACUUGUUCUAGCUGCUCCAUUGUGUAGUUGGUCACAAUUGUAGGUUACUGUUGUCGUUCAGUUGGUACAUUUUGUGCAAAACAAAAAUGCUUCUUUAUGAAAAUUGGCCUACUUGAAGCAUCUCGAAACAUCCCUUAGCAGAGGGAAUUUUGUUCUCAACAGUGCAAUAAAUCAAACUCAACAAAUGUACUGAUAAGGGGGGGGGGGGGUUGUUGUCGUUUAGGACGAUGCACAAUGUGUUCUUGUCGCGAGGAAACAUGAAAUAAUGAAUUGUAAUUGUAUAGAGAGUGAAUAGUUUAUCUUUUUUUUCCCUUCUAGAUGGUGAACAGGUUUUUCAUGUGAAAUUUUGUCUCGUGAGUGGAAUGUUAGAAAAUAGGUCUUCACACGGGAUCUGGGUUACCUAGUUUACCAUCUCUGAGAAAAAAGACAUGGAAAUGGGUAAAUCCAGAUCUGGAUGGGAAACUAGUCCAGAAAAUCAUAUACAAUAGAACAUUUGAAUCAUUUUAAAAGAUUUUCAAGCUCAAGAUAUCUAGACCUCAUUUGAUUUUCGAAGAAAAGCCUGUUGUAUAAAAGCCCAGUACAUUUCAAUGGUUUUCCAAGAAAGAUUUAACUCGUUAGAAAAAAAAAUAACUGAUGCAGUCUGACAACAUUGUCAUUUUUAUUCUUUAUGACAAAACAUCAUAUGACUGUGCUCUGCUUCUGUGUACCUAAAAAAGAUGCAUUGUGGGUCAUGGGAUUAGUCUGUUUUGGUAACAUGGUUUUGUGUUCCGUACAUCAUUAGCUGCAACCUGUAAAUAAUCCAUUCUGCAACACUAGACGGAUAAGAUCUGUUCCUUUGACAGAUCCAAUUGGAGUACUCAAGAAUGUUAGAGGUAUAUUUGCUGAAAAUUAUACUUUAAACUGGACAAAGGAAUUAAAUAUAUUUUUCUCUUGA